ACUAAGCAUGGAGCUUUCACAAACCUUUCGUGGUCAUGGACUUCUCACAGCAUUUAUGUUCUUACUAAUUAACUUGUCUUUAGCUGCUUCUUCACCGCCUCAAGGAAAGAGUCUCCCCUACAUGACUUCGGAUGUCGAAGAAGUGGCGGGCAAAUCUUUCGAUUACAUUGUUGUUGGGGGAGGCACCACCGGAUGUGCCUUAGCCGCGACCUUGUCGGAGAGCUUCACUGUGUUAUUGGUGGAACGGGGUGGCUCACCAUAUGGAAAUCCAUUGGUGUUGGAUAAAAAGUACUACGGGUUUUCGUUGAUCCAAACUGAUGAUUACACAUCAGUUGCACAGAGCUUUAUCUCCAAGGAUGGGGUCAUGAAUAGCAGAGGAAGAGUUCUUGGAGGAUCAUCUGCUAUUAAUUUUGGGUUUUAUAGUAGAGCGAGUGAGCGUUUUAUCAAUAAAGUUGGAUUAGAUAAGGAACUAGUAACAGAAGCUUAUGAAUGGGUGGAAUCUAGAAUUGUAUCUAAACCUGAGUUGACCCUGUGGCAGACCGUCGCUGAAUUUGGCCUUCUCGAAGCAGGAAUUCUGCCUUAUAAUGGUUUUAGUUUGGAACAUAUUGAGGGAACAAAGGUGGGAGCAACUUUGUUUGAUGAAUUUGGAAUCAGACACACCUCAGCUGAUCUUCUGGAGGCAGGAAAUCCGGAAAAUAUCACAGUUCUUUUGAAUGCGACAGUAAAGAAUGUCAUAUUUUGUAACGAAAACAGGAACAAAAGCAGAGCCCAUGGCAUAAGGUUUAUCAAGAGCAGCGGCUGCCCUGAUCAAACCCAUGAAGCUUAUCUCAACCAACCUGAUGAAUCCAGUUCAUGGGGAGAUGUGAUAUUAUCAGCAGGAGCUUUAGGCAGCCCCCAAAUUUUAUUGUUAAGCGGCAUUGGACCUCAGCAACAGCUCAGGAACUUCAAUAUCCCAGUUGAGCUCGAUUUGGAAGGGGUUGGACAGGGAAUGAAAGACAACCCUGGUAUUGCCCUCUUAGUGGACAAUAAGCCACAAAAUCGGCUACCAGACACUCCCCAAGUUGUCGGAAUAGCGGAUGACUUCAAAAUCAUAGUUGAAGCAGGAAUAAUACCUGUAAGCUUGAAUGCAACAAGAAUGACAGUUGCUGCCAAAGUUGCAUUCCCAGCAUCAGAAGGCAAGCUUGAAUUAAAUAGCAGCGACCCCAGAGAAAACCCAUCAGUACAAUUCAACUAUCUAGCAAAGGAAAAGGACUUAGAAGAAUGUGUGAAGUUGAGCCAACUGCUUGAGCGGGUUGCAAGGUCUCAAUCGAUUGCUAUGUUCGUGGGAAUGCAACACAAGAAGAAUAACCUGAUGACUAGUGAGGAUGAGCUGAAAAAAUCUUGCAAGAAAAAUGUAAGGACCUUUUAUCACUACCACGGCGGUUGUACCGUUGGAUCGGUUGUGGACAAGGAUCACAAGGUUUAUGGGGUCGAGGGUUUGAGAGUGGUGGAUGGCUCAACAUUCCUGGAAUCACCAGGCACCAAUCCAAUGGCCACUCUCUUAAUGCUAGGGAGAUACCAAGGGAUCAAGAUUCUGCAAGAAAGGGAAGAUACUUGUGCAGUUGGUAUCCAGCAAAACCCAUAAGAAACUCUAUAAACUCCAUUGUGUAUCAGUUGACCAAGAAUCUGAUAGUACAUAUUAAUAAACAUUUUCCAGUUCUACAUAUUAAUGAACAAUUUCCAGUUCUUGCAAUGAAUCUAACAACAAUAAUUUCCUAUUCCAUCUAGCAGGGUUCUGGUGUUUUUUUUUUUUUUUUUUUUUUUU